AUGGAAAGGAUUAUCAAUGAAAGACUGGUCUGGUGGGCGGAGAAAGAAGAGAAAUUUAGCCCGUCGCAGAGCGGUUUCCGCAGGGGCAGGUCAUGCGCCGACAACCUGGUGAGAAUUGUUGCGGAUAUUAAGACUGCAAUGGGGCUCCCGCAGGGUGCUGUCCUGAGCCCGGUAUUAUACUCUUUGUACACGCAGGGUCUGUGUGCGGACUUGCCGGAGGGUGUUGAGGCGGUCGAGUUUGCAGACGACAUCGGGCUAUACAUCCGUGGACCGAACCGAGAGCGUAAUCGACUCUUGCUACAACGAGCGAUUAACAUCAUUGCUGACCGUUUACGCAGCAUGGGACUCGAUCUGGAGCCGAGGAAGACUGCGUUAGUAGAGUUUUCCAGGAGUGGAUACAUCGAUAGACAGCUGAAUAUACGUAUUGAUGGAUGUGACGUUCCCAAUUACGGCGGUGCAAAAUUCCUGGGUAUCUGGCUGGACAACAGGCUGAGCUUCGAGCGUCAAAUACAGGAACUAAGGGGCAAGGUAAACCGAGCAAAUUCUAUUAUUAGAUACCUCUGUGAAGUCUCUAGGGGGAUGGAGGUAAAUACUGCACUUAUGCUCUAUAAGAGUCUUGUAAGGUCAAUUAUUGAUUAUGGAAGCUUCGUGUUCUUUCCCAGAAUGGCCUCCUUGCAGCUUAAAUUGGAAAGGGCUCAGUUUUUUGGUAUUCGUACGGCCCUUGGCUAUAGGAACUCCACCCCCAACAAUGUGAUUGUUGCGGAGGCUAAAGUGACAUACUUGAAGAACCGGGCUAUGUUGCUGGGUGUCAACUUUGCCAACAAGGCUAUUGCCCAUAAUCAAAAUGGUUUAUGUGAUAAGAUGCGUGCUCUACAUGAGGGUGAGAAUUUUGUACGGUAUAGACAGCCUACGUAUGGGUCUUCCUUGUUGUCUGAGAUAUGGAAAAGAGUUAAUCGAACUAAGCAUCUCAUUGGUCCUGUUGAGAAAUUCCCGGUCUUUAGCGGCUCGUACAGCACCCACACAUUUAUGCCUGCCGUUGACAUGGACAUCGGAGCGGGGAGAAAACGAGAGAGUUUCUCUGACUGUUCUCUUAUCCAAAAAAUUAUUAGUAAAUAUCAUUUGGGCCCGAACCUAGACAUCUUCUUUACGGAUGGCUCCUGUAGGGAGGCAGCGGUAUCCACGGGAGCGAGUAUUGUGAUCUGCGAUAAGAUUAGUCUGCCCGGCCUUUGCUCUUCCUACACUGCGGAGGCCUUCGCUAUUUGCUCUGCUCUUCGUUUGCUUUGGACACGCAAAUAUGUGGGUGGUAGUGAGAUAAUUAUCUUAUCUGAUUGUCAAGCUGUUCUCAAGUCUAUUAAUAAUAAUCACCUAAAUGUCCACAAGAAUAAAUACGUUACGGAGGCUAGAAUAUUGAUUUACAAGUUGGAGAAAUUUUGUGAUAAGAAGAUUGUACUCGUAUGGAUUCCCGCUCACGCGGGAAUUCUGGGAAACGAGAUCGCGGAUGGAUUGGCUAAGGAGGCGACGGAGGAGGAGGCUGAUCCCACCAUUGCGGUUCCGGUGGGGGAUUUGCUGGCGCAUGCGAGAAAAGAAGCAUGGGAGUCUACACAAGUAUCGAUCGCUCGCGACGCUUUACAUAAAGGCGCUUUCUAUUUUGAAAAGUUUUAUGAUCGAGCUUCAUCUGUACCGUGGUUCCGCAAAGUCAGAGCGGAGAGAUAUUUCGUUACGCGACUGGUAGCGACCACGAACAUGCCCUGCGGCCACAUGCGCAUGCUCCGUAGCCGCACGCGCAUGCAAAAGAAGAUCACGUGA